AUGAUGUCCGCCAACCCUGCCCGGCGCACUGCGCCUCCAGUCUAUACUUCCCAUUCGCUGGAAGGUAUGGAACAAGUAGUUCCACCGAGAAUGAUGUAUUUCACUCAACACCGCUCGGAAAUCCUCUUCAAUAAACCCCUCCCCGGUCGUCCCGUUCCCAUCAUGAUGAUAGACUCCCCCACCGAGUCAGGCAUGUACAGCGACUCAGACAGCGACACAGAGAGCACCCUCGACGACAGCCUCCAAAGCCCCAGUGUCUAUUCCAGCUAUUCUCGCGACAGGGAUUUCCCAGUCUUUGUCCGCUCCAACUCCGAUGAUUUCACCGACCUAGAAGAUCAUCCCAACCCCGCAGAUCACGCAAAGAUGCGAGAGAUCCCAAUCCCAUCCCCACUUAAACCCCAUCACCCACCCGCCCGCACGGACGUCAGUCCCAUCAACGCAAGCCCUGUCUCCGUCGACAUCGACGCUACCUCCGUCAUCCUCGGCACAUCCGCCCACUACGGCCGACCCGUAGAUUGGACGAGAAAGAGAAUAGAUUCCAGUCACUACUUUCGGGAAAAAACCUGGGAUUUUUUCCCGGAGCUCGCUACCCCCACCACCUCCACCCGCCAAUCUAGCGGCCGCAAGAGCCCCGCUUCCAGCAGCAGGAGCAAGGAAGGCCGCUUGAACGUUUCCGCCAAGCAACCCAAAUGGUACUCCAAGCAUCGCGACUCAAUCAAGUCGUACGUCAACAAGACGUUGACUCGGGACCAGGACGCAGAGGAAAGGGAUAACCCGCUCAAUGUUCCUCGACACCCGCCGUCGCGCAGGUAUACGGCGCCCAUGGGCCCAUUGAGCGCACACCCGCCUUCGAUCACGGGCGACGGCGAUGAUGACGAGUAUGAUGAUGAGCCCGAGCUGGAUGAGUUCCAUGCCCAAUUGGUGGCCACGUCGACGGCUAGUUCCAGUCGGACAGGCGCCUUUGAACAACCGCGCUCGUCGCCCGAUGCGCCAAAGGAGAAGAGAAGGGGUAGUAUGUUCAAGAGGAUGAAUCGAGCUACCACCUCGCCGGAAUAUUUUGCCAAUGCCACUUUGCCGCUGGCUUCGCCUACUAAGAUUAAUAGACGUCAGACUCUGGCGGCUUUGCAGACUUCCUUUGAUGAUGCCAAGAAGAGGAUGACUGAGACGCCGGAUGAUCGUCGGCGUGAGCAGUUGAAGUCUCAGAUCAAAUUUAUUGGGGCUGUGAACCCUCAUCUGUGUGCGCCUCAGCCUGAUCCUUGGUCCCCAUGA